GAAACAAGACAAAACAAAGACUUACCUGUAAUAAAAGAAAACAAAGACUUACCUGUAAUAAUAGAAAACAAAGACCUACCUGAAACAAGAGAACGCAAAGACUUACCUAAAACAAGAGAAAACAAAGACUUAAUUGAAACAAGAGAAACCAAAGACUUACCCGAAACAAGAGGGAACAAAGACUUGCCUGAAACCAGAGAAAACAAAGACUUGCCUGAAACAAGAGAAAACAAAGACUUACCUGCAACCAGAGAAAACAAAGACUUACCUGAAACAAGAGAAAACAAAGACUUACCUGAAACGAGAGAAAACAAAGACUUGCCUGAAACCAGAGAAAACAAAGACUUACCUGAAACAAGAGAAAACAAAGACUUACCUGAAACAAGAGAAAACAAAGACUUAACUGAAACAAGAGAAAACAAUGACUUACGUGUAAUAAUAGAAAAUGGUAACUCGCCUAAUAUAUCAGAAACAAAGGAGAGUAGUAAAAUAACACCGAUAGAAGAC